UUUUACUUUCGACAAAUCAAACGAUUUUUUUUUCUUCUUGCUCAUCCUUUUUUGAGCAAGUUUAUCUAAAUAGGAAUGACAAGAAGACGAAAUUGUCUUUAUGACUAAUAUUUCUUUAAGAGACUAUACACUAUAUAUAUAACACUAAAAAAGAAGUAUGAAAUACCAAUAUUUAAAUAUAGCAAUGACAAACUUUUAUUGCUACUCAUAAAAGGCCUAUAUUUAAUGGUUUUUUUAUUUGACAAUGCGUUGUUUUAUUAUUCGAAAACUGGAGUUCGAAGAAAACCUCUUAAGAUUAUUUCAUUAUUAUUCAAAGGAGAGUUUAUCAAUGUUUUUAAGCUACUGGUUUUAAUUAUUUAUUAAAAAAAAAUGCAGAGUGCUUCUUCAAAAGUUGAGUGCCUAAGCUCAUUGUAUUUGAACACAAUUAAACAGCCUGUUAAAAAACUGAUUCUAUUUACGGUAACCGAGCCCUCUUUUCAAAGCAUAGUAAAAAGCUUAAAGUUUCUGAAGACUGUUACGAGAAAUAUUGAUGAUUUAGCUAAUUGCUUAUGGUCAAGACUUCAAGAAAAAACAAAGACUGAGAAAAAUGAACAAUAUUCCAGUAAUCAGAAGAAAACUCUUUCUGGCAGCAUUACGAACAAUGAGAUAAACAAACGUUGCAAUAUGCCUUCCCACAACAAGAACAAGAGAUAUCUUGCUGUAUUUCUGCUAUCAUUUUUAGGUCCUAGUGAUAAUCCUAUGUCUUCCAACCAAUCGAAGAGUAGUAGUUUUGACAGUGUAACUACAAGUGGAGCUGUGAGCUCAAAGUUCAAGUUUGGACUUAGUGUUAUACAACAGACAAGCGGAUCAUUUUCGAAGUUAUUGAAAAGAGACAAUUCCCAACCUCUAAUAAAAACUAUGAUCGCUCAACAGAGUCCAAAACAGAACCAAUCAGAGGAAAUUGUCUACGCUUUUAAAUAUCGAGUACAAAGAACUGUUAAAAUCGUUGAAAGGAGGUUCGGUAUUCUUGCACCACGAGCAAAAAAGCCCUUUACUGUCCAUGGAACAACGAUUAAAACUAUAACUAAAUCAGCACAAACUUUGAACAAUGGUAACCUGCAAAUAAUUUUAACAGCUAAUAAAUUAUGAAAAGACGCAGUUUCCGGACUCACUACAGCACAAAUAAUUGAACUACUACAAAGUUAUGUUUCAUGUACUGAUAUAUUUUGCGUUCUGUGAUAAAUCUCAAUUAUUUGGAAAAGAGUGGCUGUUCCAAUAAUUAUUUAAUGCCAUGGUACUAUUUAAUACCAUGGUCGAAUUUUGGGCGCACAGUCAAACAUAAAAAAUGCGAGCUGCUAUGUUAAAUUAUGUUUUGAAUUUUUUUCAAUCUAUUAUAUUUAUAUUUUAAAUUUUUCGGCUCGACUUUAAGCAUUUAAAUAACGUUGAACAAAAAAAAGUAAAUGAUCGUCGAUAGGUUUCAAAACCUACAAGCGCUUCAAAAACAGGCACCCAUUCUCAAGACUUACCAGAUGUGAAUGUGAAGAAACAAAAGUGAUUUAUGUAAUUUUGAAGGUAGUGAAGUUUUUAAUCAGAAAAGGACGUGUAUAGUUAUGUACGUUCAUAAUAUGUAAUAUUUUAUAGUUACUAGCUUCGAAUAAUGGAAUUUUGAAGAAAUGAGAAAUUGCUUAAAAUACUAAAAUUUCCAUUCAAAUACUUAAUAGAAGAGGUUAAUCAGUAAUCUCUUAAAUUUGGUGUAUAUUUAGUGAGUGUAUUGAAAUUAUUUUAUAAUUUUGCUGUGUUUGUAUAGAAUCUAAUAUUUAGAUUUAUUUUGCGAAUCGUUUUUAAGGCUUAUUGUAUAUUUUUAUUUGCUUAAAAGUAAUGCAUGAGUAUAAUGUAAGUGCAAAAAAUGUGAAGUAAAAUAUUUAAAAUCAAUA